AUGAAUAACCAUUCAGUGUAUAAUAAAUUCAAUCCUACCCAUUCAGUGUUCAAUAAUAAUACCAAUUUGAAUAAUAGUAUUUAUGUUUCUGGAGAUAAGAAAUCUAAAUCUCGAACAUCGUUGAACAACUUAUCUUUUUAUAAACCUAAUGCAUCUGUAUAUGUAAAAAAGGUGGAUAAAAGUGAUAAGAAAGAUUAUGUAAAAACAUUAGUUCGCUAUUUAGGAUGGAAAAACUAUGGUGGGGGUAUAAUACCAAAUUUGUAUAAGAAUCCAAGUAUGACAGAAUUAAUAAAUAUAUGGAAUUUUAUAUUUAAACAUGUGGAUCCAUUAAUAGAAGUAAAUAAAGAUAAUUAUGGAGAAGUCGUAUUAAGUUUUUAUAAAGACAUAGGAUAUCCAUACACUAUAUCUAAAUCAACAUUAGUAGCUCCAACAACAGGUUUACAAUAUAAUACUCAUUUAACAGCUCUUGCUUGGUUAUGUCAAUUAUUAAUUUUUGAAGUUGAAUGUAAUAAUGAUAUAAAUGACGAAAAGGAUUUAAGUUUAUCUUAUGAUUUCAAUGAAUUGAAUGAAAUAAAAAUGGAUGAUUUUAUCCAACAUAGUUAUAAAUCUUAUAUUAAUAAAGAAGACAAAAAUUUAAAUGAUAUGUUAAGAACUAAUUUAGAAAAAGAAAUUGAUAGAUUAGAUAAUGAUCUGAAUAAUAAAAUUGAAGAUAUUAAUGAGAAGAAAAAAAAAAUUGAAGAAAUAAAAAACCAUAUGAAAGAAAAUGAAGAAUUAAUAAAAAGAAAUAAAGUUCUUUGUGAAGAAAAUCAAAAAAUUAAACAAUUAUAUACAAACAGUUUAGAUGAAACAACCAAAUUAGAAAGGGAUAUCGAAUUAUGUAAAAUAUCAAACCAAGAUGAAAAAAAUAAAAUGGAAAAAAUAUUAGAAGAAAUUAAAAAAGUAAAAGAUAUUUUACAAAAACAAACAUUAAAUAAAGCUCAAUUCGUACAAAUGAAUGAAAAUAUUGAUAAAAAUAAAGAAAAAAUUGAACAAAUUAAAAAUGAUAUUAAAAGUUUAAAUAAUGAAUAUCCAAAUUUAAGUGAAAAGUUAAAUAAUAGAAAUAAUGAUUUAAAAAAAAUAGCCAAAACUAUAAAUGAUAAAUUUAUAGAAAUUGUUGAAAAUAUUAAUCUAUAUAAAAAUAUUUCAACAUCUGAUUGGAAUGAAAUACAUUCAAUUAAUAUAAAUAUAGAUUCUUUUACUAUCGAUAAUAUGUUAAAUACAAACUGGAAAAAUUAUAAAGGCAAUAUUAAAAACUUUAUUGAUCAAGAUGAACAAGAACUUAAAAACUCAUUAAACCUAAUCGAAGAAAAUGAAAAACAAAUCAAAAUUAUAGAACAAGAUAUUCAAAGUUUAAAAAAAGAAAUCAUGGAAAAGGAAAAUUUCUUCAAAAAGUUGAAUGACGAUACAAAUGAAUUCGUCAACAAGUCUACUCAAACGUUAAAUCAACUGGUAGCAGAAAAUGAGAAAAUGUUGGCAGAGGCUGAAGAGAAAUUGAAUGAGACCAAUGAGAUGUUCAAUAAGGUUAGGGCAUCGAGGGAACAGAAGGAAGAUGAAGUUGAAAAGAUAAAAGAGGAAAAUGAGAAAAAAUUUAAGGAGAAAUUGUCAGUGCUUCAAAAGGCGUGCGCUGUUCUGAUAGAGUUAAAAAAAUACAGCAAGUCUUAUAUAUCCAUUGUGUUGGAAGAAAAGAAAAAGGAUUUGGAUCUAUACAAAGAUCUUCAAAAAAGUCUAGUUGAAUAA